AUGAACACUCUCACAUUCAUAUUAUCCCUAUCCUUUAUCCUUAGUACUGUGUUAACCACCCUAAACUUCUGACUCGCCCAAAUAGCCCCUGAUACAGAAAAACUAUCACCGUACGAAUGCGGAUUUGAUCCCCUAGGCUCAGCCCGACUUCCAUUCUCAAUCCGAUUCUUCCUAGUAGCCAUCUUAUUCCUUCUAUUCGACCUAGAAAUCGCCCUACUCCUCCCUCUUCCAUGAGCCAUCCAACUCCAAUCACCCAUCACUACACUUACCUGAGCUACCUCCAUCAUUAUCCUCCUCACAUUAGGCCUUAUCUAUGAAUGAACUCAAGGGGGCCUAGAAUGAGCAGAAUAA